CGCAUUCUCUCCCAGAUGACACAAGACGUUACUGAGCGUCGUUGGUGGAAGGAGGCAGCGGUGUACCAAAGUGAGCAUUCUGCCGAUGACGCGGAGCUCGCUAACAUAAGUCUAUCCCUCGUCGUUUGCCGAUCACGAGGACCGCGGCAAUGGCACGCUCCUCGGCAUCCUCUCCAAGCUCGACUACCUGAAGGACCUGGGCAUCGAUGUGAUCUGGCUCUCGCCGAUCUACACCUCUCCUAUGGCUGACAUGGGCUACGACAUCAGCGACUACCAGGCGAUUGACGAGCGUUACGGUACACUCGAAGACUGGGAUAAGCUGCGCGACGCGGUGCAUGAGCGCGGCAUGAAGCUGGUUAUGGACUUGGUAGUCAACCACUCGUCGGACCAGCACGCGUGGUUCAAGGAGUCGCGCAAGGCUAAGAGCUCGCCGAAGCGCGACUGGUAUAUCUGGCAUCCCGGCAAAACGAACGACCAGGGCGAGCGCGUGCCGCCCAACAACUGGCGCUCGAUCUUCGGUGCCGGCUCUACCUGGGAAUGGGACGAGGGUAGUCAGGAGUACUACCUGCACACGUUCCUCAAGGAGCAGCCAGACCUAAACUGGGAGAACCCGGCCGUGCGCGAUGCGGUGUUCAAGAUGAUGCGGUGGUGGCUCGACCGCGGCGCUGACGGCUUCCGCAUGGACGUCAUCAACUUCAUCUCCAAGGCCGACGGGUUCCCCGACGCUCCCAUCAUCGACCCUAAGGAGAUAUACCAGCCCUUCGGUAACCUUUCGAUCAACCGCCCACGCGUGCACGAUCACUUGAAGGAAAUGUACGAGCGGGUGCUGAAGGACUACGACGCCUUCUGCGUCGGCGAGUGCCCGGGCGGGGAGGGCCCGGCGUCCUUCGCCCUCUACUCUGAGCCCAGUCGCAAGGAGCUGCAGAUGGUCUUUACGUUCCACCACCAAGGUUUUGACCGCGGCAACGGCGGCUUUGGCCGCGGCUGGAACAAGGACUGGGCGUUGCGUGACCUUAAGAAGGAGUGGAACCGGUGGCACGUCGAGCUUCCGAAGGAGGGCGGGUGGUUCGCAAACUAUCUCGAGAACCACGACCAGCCGCGUAUGAUCACGCGCAUGGCAUGUGAGUCGCCGGAGCACCGCGCGCGCUCGGGCAAGCUGCUCGCCAUGCUCCAGUGCUCCCUUACCGGCACAAUAUACGUGUACCAGAGCCAAGAGCUGGGACAGAUCAACGUGCCCUACGAGUGGAAGGAGGAGGAGUACAAAGACGUUGAAAGCAUCCAGCUGCUCGCGGGCGAGCGGGCGUACCUCGAGCGAGCAGGAAUCACGGGCCGCCAGGCGGAGGAGUACAUGGCGCGUGUCUUUAGGGAUCUGCGCCAGACGGCCCGGGACAACGGCCGCACGCCCGUGCAGUGGGAUGACACGAAGAACGCCGGCUUCACGAAGGGCACGCCGUGGAUGCGCAUCCACGACGACUACAAGAUGUGGAACGCGGCCUCACAGUGCAGCGACCAGUCGUCCGUGCGCAGCUUCUGGAAGAGGAUGUUAGGUCUGCGCCGUGAGCACAAGGCGCUCAUUUACGGCACGUUUGAGCCGCUCGACGAGGAAAACAACGACAACUACUGCUAUAUCCGUAACUGGGCCGAGACCGGCGAGAAACUGCUAGUGCUCCUCAAUUUUAAACGAGGCGACGGAAGUGGUGCGCCCAUUGCGAUUCAUGUGGGCAAGCUCGGCGUUGACACAGCUGGCGCCCAGCUCAUCGUCUCGAACGAUGAGGCGGAGAUCGGCUCCGGAAUUCAUGGCCCCGUCGAGCUGGAGCCGUGGUGCGGGCGUAUCUAUCUCCUUCAGCAGGGUCAGUUGCCCAACUAGACGCGACAGCGUAAUAAAUGUUAUAGAGAAAUGUACAGUUCCGUUUUGUGCAGCGAUGACGCGGUGGUCGAUACAAACGCACAUACCGGGAG